AUGUCCGAUUUCACUGAAGACUUGGAAAACUGGAUGGGUAGGCUACCGGCCGAAUUAAAGGCUGUGCCUAUCAUCCAUCUGGCAAUUCCCGGUUCACAUGACACGAUGUCCUACGGUAUAAAAAACAAGGCACCUGUGGCACCGGAUGCGGAUCCGAUCGUUGGAACUUUGAACAAAUUCAUUCCCUGCGUCGUACGACGCUGGGCUGUAACGCAGCGAUACAACAUUCAAGAUCAACUCAAAAGUGGAGUGAGGUACUUUGAUUUGCGCAUUUGCAUGAAACGACCAGAGAACAAAUUUUACUUUGUGCACGGCCUCUUUUGUGAGGAGAUUGCGGAACCGUUGGACCAGCUGAAAGACUUUCUCCGUACGCACCCAAAGGAGUUCGUUGUGCUGGACUGUCAGCAUUUUUACCAAUUCAACCCAACCGAUCACUGCGUUUUGUCCGCUGAGCUGAAUCGUAUAUUUGACAAAAAGAUUUACUCUCGCAACGUUAGCGAGCUGAAGGACUGCACACUGGAAUCGGCCACAGGAAGUGGCAAACAGGUACUAAUCGUGUACCGCAGUGAUGCAUGUGUCAAUGAUCGGUUCUGGUUGAGCCAGGACUGGCCUACGCCCUGGCCGAACGAAGUUAACGUAAAGAAACUGCAGCAAUAUUUGGAAGAGUCACUAACGCAGCGCCGCCCCGACACGGGAUUCGUAUCACAGUGCGUUCUGACGCCAACGGUGCGAUAUAUAGUGCCUCGGUUUAUGUCAUCACUGCGUGCCACCUGUGCCAAGGCGGUAGAUAAACAACUCAUGGAAUGGGUCAAGGGACAGGUUCCGGGAUCCUUUGCCGGAGAGGACAAACCCCGGACCAACGUGUUUUUGGCAGAUUUUGUCGACAUCGCAGACAAUCAGUUUUGUAGGGUGGUUGUGGGAUUAAACAAAAAACUUUUGGAACAGGAUAACAGUAGCACGCAUAGCUCACCGUCGAAAAAAAGUUCGUAA